AUGGCUGAGCCGCAGCCCCACGGCGCCUUCGACCUGGGGGCCCUGCGGAGCCCCAAGGGGCUGCUGCUGAGCGCCGAGCUGGCGCUCGCCGUGGGGCUCCUGGCGCUCCUGGUGCCCCCCGGCGCCCCCACGCUGGCGCCGGCCCUGCUCCAGGCCCUGGCCGUGGCGGCGGCACUUGGGGGGCGGCUGCUGCGCCGCCCCCCCCACCUGCCCCAUGGCGCCUGCCUGGACUUCCUGCGCGCCGCCGCCGGGUCGCUCGUCUCCAUGGUGACGGCGCUGGCGGCCAUCGCCGCCUCCCGCGACGCCCUGGCCGCCGCCACCUUCACCUUCGGCCUCCUCCUCGCCGCCCUCUUCGCCUUCGACGCCUUCGUCACCUACCGCAGCGACCUGGCGCUGGCCGGCGGCGGGGACCCUGACGCAGACUCGGCGUAG